AUGAAUCAACAGCCUCAAGGAUUAGACCAAUUUACUAUUCAAUUAGUUAUACCUUAUUCAGACUUCUUUGAUGGAGACCAAGAUCCAAUUACCUGGAUAGAAGAAAUAGAAAAGACCUUUGAUGCUAACAUGAUCUCUCAAGACAAAAAGAUUACUGUUAUUACUUCUCGACUUAGAGAAGAAUUGUUUAAGAAAGUUGAAACAAGAGGACAUGCUUAUUCUGACUCCACAAAAACUCAAAUUUUUGUUAAUGGCCUUUGUCCAGAAUAUUGUAUUCAUAUAUCUACUUUGACUCCA